CUUUACUUGAGAAUUGAGAUGCAACAAGCAACAAAUUGUUUUGACGCUGAGCUAAUAAUUGGAAAAGAAGGAUUUGGCAAAGUGUACAAAGGAACGCUUGAAAAUGGAGAAGUAGUAGCUAUCAAAGUAGCAAAUCCUGAAUCUAGACAAGGUCUCGGUGAAUUCCAAAACGAGAUUGAGUUGUUGUCUGGUCUUAGUCAUUCAAACCUUGUCUCACUUGUAGGUUGUUAUAACGAAGACUCAGAACUGAUUCUUGUGUACAAUUACAUGGCAAAUGGAUCUCUCAGCAGUCAUCUAUAUGGGAGAGACUUUGUUCCUCUAUCUUGGAAGCAACGCCUAGCGAUAUGCUUAGGGGCUGCAAAGGGACUUUUAUAUCUUCACACUGGAGCUAAACAAAGCAUAAUUCACCGUGACGUGAAGACAACAAACAUUCUCUUGGACAAAAAGAUUGUGCCAAAAGUUUCUGAUUUUGGCAUAUCGAAAAAGGGUCCUAUUCUUGAUAAGAGUCACGUUACAACUAAUGUAAAGGGUAGUUUUGGCUAUGUUGAUCCUGAAUAUUUUAGGACUAAGUUUCUAACUAAGAAAUCAGAUGUUUUCUCUUUUGGAGUGGUGUUGAUUGAAGUUAUAUGUGGAAAACCUGCUUUAGAUGAUGCCCUUCCAACGCAACAGAUGAAUUUGGCAUUGCGGGCAUUAAGUUGCGAUAAAAAGGGUACCUUUCAUGAAAUGAUGGACCCAUAUUUGAUUGGCAAAGUGAAUAUGGAUUCUCUAAACAAGGUUUUAUAGUUGGCAUGGAAGUGCUUGGAGGAGCGUCGGGAGAACAGACCACCGAUGGGGUAUGUAUUAUGUCAACUAGAAGAGGCUCUCCAUCUUGAGUUGGCAUCACAUGUUUCGAAUGAGAAUGAGGAUUCUUCUAUUCACUCCAGUGUAGGAAGUGGAUUUACGGA